GCGGCCUCCUCUCUCCUCUUCUCUUCUCUUCUCCCCGCCGCGCCGAUCGAUCCUCCUCCGCGUGACGUCACGCCUCCUCCUCCUUCUAGAACCUUCCGCGCCCCGACGAGCCGCCCCUCCAGAAGAUUUUCUCUUCAAGGCAUCUGGACUCUGUAGCCCUAGCUGUCAGAUCACCCGUGCACAAGUAUGAAUCCUUAUUUCGUUGGCCUUCUUGUGCCCAUCGCGGUCUCUCUUCUGCUCCAGAAAAGGCGAAAGGUUGAAAAGAAGAGAGGGGUGCCCGUUGAUGUUGGUGGAGAGCCUGGCUAUGCGGUCCGCAACCAUCGAUUUGAACAUCCUGUUGAAACGCACUGGGAAGGGGUCACCACACUUGCCGAGCUAUUUGAGCAUGCUUGCAAGGAGUAUGUCUACAUGCCCCUCCUUGGCACCAGGAAGCUCAUUUCAAGGGAAAUGGAAGCAUCGCCUGAUGGGAGGUCCUUUGAGAAGCUUCAUCUGGGGGAGUACGAGUGGAAAUGUUACGCCGAGGCCUUUAAGAGCGUUUGCAACUUUUCGUCAGGGUUGAUUCAAUUAGGUCACCAGAAGAAUGAGCGUGUUGCUAUUUUUGCUGAGACACGGGCCGAGUGGCAGAUUGCACUGCAGGCAUGCUUCAGACAAAACAUAUCAGUUGUCACCAUCUAUGCCUCCUUGGGGGAGGAAGCACUAUGCCACUCACUAAAUGAGACUGAGGUCACUACUGUAGUAUGUGGUCAGAAGGAAUUUAAGAAGUUGAUUGAUAUAGGCUGGCAACUUGACACUGUUAAGCGUGUGAUCUACAUCAAUGAGGAAGGCAUCUCAGCCGAAGUUUCUCUAGCUAAAAACAGCACUAGCUGGACAGUUGCGUCAUUUGAGGAAGUAGGCAAAUUAGGAACUGAAGCACCUGUUGAUGCAAACAUGCCUCUCCCAUCUGAUGUUGCAGUAAUAAUGUACACAAGUGGAAGCACUGGAUUGCCCAAGGGAGUUAUGAUGACCCACCGCAAUGUCUUGGCUACACUUUCAGCAGUUAUGACCAUUGUGCCUGAACUCGGCAAAAAGGAUAUAUACAUGGCCUACCUUCCACUUGCGCACAUUCUUGAGUUGGCAGCUGAGACGCUUAUGGCUGCUGUUGGGGCCUCCAUUGGAUAUGGAUCAGCUUUGACCUUGACCGAUACAUCAAGCAAAAUAAAAAAAGGGACUCUAGGUGAUGCUUCUGCACUGAAGCCAACACUGAUGACUGCUGUACCUGCUAUACUUGAUCGUGUCCGUGAUGGUGUGAGAAAAAAGGUGGAUGCAAAUGGUGGUGUGGCGAAGAAAUUGUUUGACAUUGGCUAUAGCCGUCGGCUUGCUGCUAUCAAUGGAAGUUGGCUUGGUGCAUGGGGAGUAGAGAAACUGUUGUGGGAUAGGCUAGUCUUCACCAAGGUGCGUGCUAUAUUGGGAGGAAAGAUUCGCUUUGUACUCUCAGGUGGAGCACCUCUGUCCGGAGAUACGCAGAGAUUUAUCAAUAUAUGCCUUGGGGCUCCAAUAGGCCAAGGGUAUGGCCUGACUGAAACUUGUGCUGGAGGAACAUUUUCCGAGUACGAUGACACAUCUGUUGGCCGUGUUGGUGCUCCACUACCUUGUUCAUACAUUAAGUUGAUCGACUGGGCUGAUGGUGGAUACUUGACAACUGAUUCACCAAUGCCUCGGGGGGAGAUAGUCAUAGGAGGCCCCAAUGUAACAAAGGGCUAUUUCAAGAAUGAAGCUAAAACAAGUGAAGUCUAUAAGGAUGACGAAAGAGGUCUGCGAUGGUUCUAUUCUGGUGACAUCGGGCGUUUUCAUGCAGAUGGCUGCCUUGAAAUCAUUGACCGCAAGAAAGACAUCGUGAAGCUUCAGCAUGGUGAAUAUGUAUCUCUGGGCAAGGUGGAAGCUGCGUUAGCUAUGAGCCCAUAUGUUGAGAAUAUCAUGAUCCAUGCCGAUCCUUUCAACAGUUACUGUGUAGCACUGGUGGUAGUAGCACAAAGUGAGCUGGAAAAAUGGGCAGCGCAGCAAGGACUUGAGUACAGCGACUUCUCUGAUUUGUGCCAGAAGCAAGAGUCUCUUAAAGAAGUGCUUGGGUCUUUAGCAACGGAUGCGAAGCAAGCACGACUGGAGAAGUUUGAGACGCCAGCCAAAGUCAAGCUGAUACCAGAUCCAUGGACCCCUGAGUCGGGCCUUGUGACAGCUGCCCUCAAGCUCAAGAGGGAGGUGCUCAGGAAGAAGUAUGAGAACGAUCUGGCUGAGUUAUAUGCCUGAUGGUUCUGCUACUCUUUCUGAUACGUUGGGAUGACAUAGGAUAAACCUCUUAUGCCGACACCUAGAUGUCGGGGUAGAUCACUGAGGGAGUAUGACUGUCUUAUGCGGCAGUAACCUGGAAUCUUGGAGUUGCCUUAUGUCCUAUUCUGAAAAUCAAUUUUGUGUUUCCUGUGGCCUAGCUCUACACUUCUACUAUGCAUUCUAGCAUAAUUGCACCAAGUUUUGACUGUA